AGCACAAGCCGAGCGGCGGAGGGCAGCCGUGGAGCCGCCGCCCCCUCGCCGCUUCGCGGCUGUUUGGGGAUCCCGGACCGCGGCGGCGCCGGGUUGUCCUGAUGGUCCCCGGCCGGCGGCGGCGGCGGCAGAGGCGGCGGGAGGAUGACCUCUCCCCGGGAGCGGGGUGCCGACCUGGCCCGUUUCUACACUGUCACCGAGCCCCAGCGACAUCCAAGGGGCUACACGGUGUAUAAGGUCACCGCCCGGGUUGUUUCUCGAAGAAACCCAGAAGAUGUCCAGGAGAUAAUCGUAUGGAAGAGAUACAGUGACUUUAAGAAACUACACAAAGAACUAUGGCAAAUUCACAAAAACUUAUUCCGACAUUCAGAAUUGUUUCCUCCAUUUGCUAAAGGGAUAGUGUUUGGACGAUUUGAUGAAACUGUCAUCGAAGAGAGAAGACAGUGUGCAGAAGAUUUGCUACAGUUCUCUGCCAAUAUCCCCGCUCUUUAUAACAGUAAACAGCUUGAAGAUUUUUUCAAGGGUGGAAUAGUUAAUGAUGGUUCUGAAUUGAUUGGACCUGCGGAAGCUUAUUCGGAUUCCCUUGUUGACAGCUUUCCUGAGUGUAGUACUGAAGGUUUCUCCAGUGACAGUGAUUUGAUAUCUCUUACUGUGGACGUGGAUUCUCUUGCUGAGUUAGAUGAUGGAAUGGCUUCCAAUCAAAACUCUCCCGUUAGAACUUUUGGUCUCAGUCUUUCUUCGGAUCCAUCAGCAUUAGGGGCCGUUGCUUCUGACAGCGAACAGAACAAAACAGAAGAAGAACGGGAAAGUCGUAGCCUCUUUCCUGGCAGUUUAAAGUCCAAGCUUGGCAAGAGAGAUUAUUUGGAGAAAGCUGGAGAAUUAAUAAAGCUGGCUUUAAAAAAGGAAGAAGAAGAUGACUAUGAAGCUGCUUCCAAUUUUUAUAGGAAAGGAGUUGAUUUACUCCUAGAAGGUGUUCAAGGAGAGUCAAGCCCUACCCGUCGAGAAGCUGUGAAGAGAAGAACAGCAGAAUAUCUAAUGCGAGCAGAGAGUCUCUCUAGCCUUUAUGGAAAACCUCAACUUGAUGAUGUCUCUCAGCCUCCAGGAUCACUAAGUUCAAGGCCCCCUUGGAACCUAAGGAGCCCUGCCGAGGAGCUGAAGGCCUUCAGAGUCCUUGGGGUGAUUGACAAGGUUUUACUUGUAAUGGACACAAGGACAGAGCAGACAUUCAUUUUAAAAGGUCUAAGGAAAAGCAGUGAAUACAGCAGGAACAGAAAGACCAUCAUCCCCCGCUGUGUGCCCAACAUGGUGUGUCUGCACAAGUACAUCAUUUCUGAGGAGUCGGUAUUUCUUGUGCUGCAGCACGCGGAAGGUGGCAAACUCUGGUCAUAUAUCAGUAAGUUUCUAAACAGAAGUCCUGAAGAAAGCUUUGACAUCGGGGAAGUGAAAAAAUCUGCACUCACUAAAGUUCACCUGCAACAGCCAACUUCUAGUCCUCAGGACAGCAGCAGCUUUGAAUCCAGAGGAAGCGAUGGUGGAACGAUGCUUAAAGUUCUGCCUCUGAAGACUAGUCUUACUCCAAGCUCUCAAGAUGACAGCAACCAAGACGAAGAAGGCCAAGAUAGCUCUCCAAAAUGGCCAGAUUCUGGCUCAAGUUCAGAAGAGGAAUGUACCACUAGUUAUCUGACCCUAUGCAAUGAAUAUGGGCAAGAAAAGAUUGAGCCAGGGUCCUUGAAUGAGGAGCCUUUCGUGAAGAUCGGAGGGAAUGCUGUUGAUCCCAGAGUUAUCGAAAGCUUCCCAGCACACCUUGCUGCUGACAGUGGCAGCCCCAGCACCCAGCACAUAGCUCACGAGCUGAAGUUCUUUGCUGGAGAUGAUGACCUAGAAGCAGAUAGUUCUCCAAGAACGUCCGAUUCCCUUAGUAGAUCUAAAAACAGCCCCAUGGAAUUCUUUAGAAUAGACAGUAAGGAUAGCACUAGUGAACUCCUAGGCCUUGAUUUUGGAGAAAAAUUGUAUAGUCUAAAGUCAGAGCCUUUGAAACCAUUUUUCACUCUUCCAGAUGGAGACGGCACUUCCAGGGGUUUCAGUACUAGCGAAAGCAAGGUAGAGUUUAUAGCUCAGGACACCAUUAGCAGGGGCUCAGAUGACUCUGUCCCAGUUAUUUCUUUUAAAGAUGCUGCUUUUGAUGAUGUCAUCGGCACUGAUGAAGGAAGGCCCGAUCUCCUUGUAAAUCUACCUGGUGAACUGGAGCCCAUCAAAGACGGUGAAGCAAUGGGACCCACUCCGUUUACACAGACUAAUAUAGGCAUAAUUGAAAGUAAAUUGUUGGAAGCCCCUGAUGUUUUAUGCCUCAGGCUUAGUACUGAACAACGCCAAGCAAGUGAGGAAAAUGGCACAGAGGAAUUGAGUGAUCCCUCCAGGCCUAAAUCCCAUAGUAUAGCAGAGAAACACAGCGCACCGGGGGAUCUUGGGAUGUUGUUUGUGACAGCCGGUGAUCACAGUAGUUCAGGAGACAUGUCUUUGUUACACAGCUCGGAUCCUAAGUUCCAAGGACCUGGAGCGGUUGAGUCUGCAGUCACUGCAGCCAACACAGAAGAAAGCAUAUUCUGUAUUUCUAACCCACUCUCAGGUGCUAAUGAAUAUAAUGUAAACACAGACACUUUAAAAACUGAAGAAGUAUUGCUGUUUACAGAUCAAACUGAGGAUUUGGCUAAAGAGGAACUGACUUUGUUUCAGAGAGACUCAGAGACUAAGGGAGAGAGUGGAUUAGCACUAGAAGGAGACAAGGAAAUACAUCAGAUUUUUGAGGACCUUGAUAAAAAAUUAGCACUAAACUCCAGGUUUUACAUCCCCGAGGGCUGCAUUCAAAGAUGGGCAGCUGAAAUGGUGGUAGCCCUUGAUGCUUUACAUAGAGAGGGAAUUGUGUGCCGCGAUUUGAACCCAAACAACAUCUUAUUGAAUGAUAGAGGACACAUUCAGCUAACGUAUUUUAGCAGGUGGAGCGAGGUUGAAGAUUCCUGUGACAGUGAUGCCAUGGAGAGAAUGUACUGUGCCCCAGAGGUUGGAGCAAUCACAGAAGAAACGGAAGCCUGUGAUUGGUGGAGUUUGGGUGCUGUUCUCUUUGAACUUCUUACUGGCAAGACUCUGGUUGAGUGCCAUCCAGCAGGAAUAAAUACUCACACUACUUUGAACAUGCCAGAAUGUGUCUCUGAAGAGGCUCGCUCACUCAUACAACAGGUGUGAAGUUUCUUCCAGAUUGAAGCAGGCCAUGAGGGCCAACUGUGAGGUUGCAUGCGUGUGUACAGGAACAAGGAGAUGUCCCAGUUGAAAGUAAAAACCAAGGGAGAUUUGUAAGUGUCCUAAAUUUUUACUGUGUUCUACACAUCAGCAGAUGACAAGCUUUAGGGGCUCAGGUAUUUGAAUAUAACCUCUUUUCAAUCACAGGUUGAACACUUAAGCUAUGCAGACACAGGAUGAUCCCCAGGAAGUGAAGCUCAAAAAUAAAAACAAAAGAAUGAGCAGAGAUAGCAACAGCUGCUUGUAACAAUGUGGUGGGAGAAGCAGCUAUACAGAUCUAGCUGAAACAAGUUAACAAAGAACAAACCAACCAACUGCCAUGAUAACAGUCUUCUUGGGAACAAAGUCAGGCUCUAGAGUUGCUAAAAUAUAUCAUCCAAAAUAUCCCAUUUUCGGGGCGCCUGGGUGGCUCAGUCGGUUAAGCGUCCGACUUCAGCUCAGGUCACGAUCUCAUGGUCCGUGAGUUCCAGCCCCGCGUCGGGCUCUGGGCUGAUGGCUCAGAGCCUGGAGCCUGCUUCCGAUUCUGUGUCUCCCUCUCUCUCUGCCCCUCCCCCGUUCAUGCUCUGUCUCUCUCUGUCUCAAAAAUAAAUAAACGUUAAAAAAAAAAAAUUAAAUAAAAAUUCAAAAUAUCCCAUUUUCAACAAAUAUUAUAUGAUAUACACAGAAACAAAAAAGUGUGACUCAUGUGCAGGGAAAAAAGUGGUCAAUAGAAAUUGACUUUAAAUGUCCCCAGGUUGGAUUUAACAGAUUUCAAAGUGGUUAUUAUAAGUAUGUUCAAAAACUGAAGGAAGCCAUGUUUAAAGAAUUAAAGAAAAGUAUGACAACAAUGAAUCAACAAAUAGAAAUUCUUGAUGAGGAGAUAUAAAGUAUAUAUAAAAAAAGACCCAAAAUUCUCAAGUUGAAAAGUACAAUAAUUGAAAUGAAGAAUCAUUGGGGGGAGGGGGUGGAAUUCAUUAGAGCGUAUCUAUAGCAAAUUUGAGAUAGAUGAAGGAAGAAACAAUUAACUUGAAGAUAGAAUGAUAGAAAUAAUCAAAUCUGUAAAAAAGAUGCCCCAAAAUUUGAAGAAAAAGAACAGGGCUACACAAACCUGUAAGACAAUAUCAAAUAUACCAGGGAGUCCCAGAAUGAGAGGAAAGAGAGAAAGGGGAAGCAAAAGUAUUUGGAAAUGUAAUGGCUAAAAACAUCCCAAAUUUGGUAAAAAAACAUUGAUAUGCAUCCAAGAAGCUCAAUGGACUUUAAUUAGGAAGGUAUACCUGGUCAAAUUGUUGAAAGGCAAAAACAAAGAGGACGCUCUUGAAAGCAGCAAAAGAGAAAGCGCUCAUUGUAUACAAGGAAACGUUAAUGUCUGACUUCCCAUUAAAAAUGAUGGAAGACAGUUUACACUUUAAGUUAUAAAAUAAACAAGUCACGGAAAUGAAAAAUACUGUAUAGGGAAUAUAGUAAAUAAUACUGUAUGGUGACAAAUGGUGACUACACUACUGUGAUAAGCAUUGAGUAAAGUCAGAUUGCUGAAGCAAUGUGUCAUAUGCUUGAAACUAAUAUAACAUUGUAUGUCAGUUAUACCUCAAUAAUAAUAAUAAUAAUAAUAAUAAUAAGGGGCACCUGGGUGGCUCAGUCAGUUAAGUGUCCGACUUUGGCUCAGGUCUUGAUCUCACGGUUCAUGAGUUCGAGCCCUGCGUUGGGCUCUGUGCUGUCAGCUCCGAGCCUGGAGCCUGCUUUGGAUUCUGUGUCUCCCUCUCUCUCUCUGUUCCUCCCCUGAUUGUGCUCUGUUUGUCUCUCUCUCUAAAAAAUAAAUAAACAUUAAAAAAAUAAUAAUAAUAAU